AUGGGACAGACUCUCUCUGAGCCGGUCGUCGAGAAGACUUCAGCAAGUGGAGGAGACGAACGUUUAAUAUUUGGUGUAUCAUCGAUGCAAGGAUGGCGUAUUAGCAUGGAGGAUGCGCACGCAGCCAUUCUGGACCUGCAGACCGAGGACGGGGCACAGACAGGACCGACUAGUAUUGAUAAGAGGCUCUCCUUUUUUGGUGUCUAUGAUGGGCACGGAGGUGACAGGGUGGCCUUAUUUGCAGGCGAGCACAUCCAUAAAAUUGUCGCAAAGCAGGAGGCGUUUAAGAAGGGUGAUAUCGAGCAGGCUUUGAAGGAUGGUUUCCUUGCCACGGACCGAGCUAUCCUAGAUGACCCACGGUACGAGGAAGAAGUUUCUGGCUGCACUGCCUCUGUUGGAAUCCUCUCGUCAAAGAAAAUCUAUGUGGGAAACGCGGGGGAUUCGCGAAGUGUUUUGGGUGUAAAGGGUCGAGCCAAGCCUCUUUCAUUUGAUCACAAACCACAAAACGAAGGCGAGAAGGCUCGAAUUACUGCAGCCGGAGGUUUUGUUGACUUUGGCCGUGUAAACGGUAAUCUUGCUUUGUCAAGAGCAAUUGGCGAUUUCGAGUUCAAGAAGAGUGCGGAACUUGCGCCUGAGCAGCAGAUUGUUACCGCUUACCCCGAUGUUGUCGUGCACGACAUCUCGGAAGAUGACGAGUUCCUAAUUGUUGCUUGUGAUGGUAUUUGGGACUGUCAGUCUUCUCAAGCUGUGGUGGAAUUUGUCCGCCGUGGUAUUGCUGCGAAGCAGGAGCUAUCGAAAAUCUGUGAGAACAUGAUGGAUAAUUGCCUCGCGUCGAAUUCGGAGACUGGUGGUGUGGGUUGCGAUAAUAUGACCAUGAUUGUUGUCGGCCUCUUACACGGCAAGACCAAGGAGGAGUGGUAUGACGAGAUCGCCAAGCGCGUUGCUAACGGAGAUGGCCCGUGUGCUCCUCCAGAGUAUGCUGAGUUCCGCGGACCCGGCGUCCAUCAUAACUUUGAUGAUAGUGACAGUGGCUACGAUGUUGAUAUCGACAGCAGGUCGAGGUCAGCCGAUGGAAACCAACGAGGCCGUAUUAUUCUACUUGGCGACGGAACUGAGGUUUUGACGGACUCUGACGAUACUGAGAUGUUUGACCACGGUGAAGAGGACAAGGACCUUGAGAGCCAGGUUCCCAAAGGCCAGACCGGUGGCGAGUCGACCGGGCCAAUCGUAUCAAGCACAGAUACUUUGCCUGAGAAGGUUGACGUUACGGACCCCAAGUACAAAGUUAUUGCCGAAAAAGUACAGCACAGUGCAACCUAA